UUUUAGAGUUUUGUUUAUGAAUUAUAAUUAUCCAACUUGCUGUUUAUUCUAAUAGCAGAAAUUCCUUGUUUGAAGGGCGAUGGCUACGAGUCACUGGUCUCAUGUUCCUGCAGCUCCACCAGACUCUAUAUUAGGAAUAGCAAGUCUCUAUAGAAACGAUCCUGAGAAAAAGAAAUUAAACUUGAGUGUGGGUGCAUAUAGGGAUGAUAACGGAAAUCCUGCCGUUCUAAGAGUAGUUCGUAAAGUAGAACAGGAACCAGCACCUGAUCACGAAUAUAUUCCCAUGGCUGGAAUACCAUCCUUUUGUCAAGCAGCAGUUCAACUUAUUUUGGGUGAAAAAGCCCAAUCCAUUAAAGAGAAGCGUGUUGUAACUGUUCAAUCUCUUUCAGGAACGGGAGCUUUAAGAGUGGGUGCAGAAUUCCUUUGCCAAUUUUAUCGUCCAGCAGCAACUACUGAAAAACCUUGCGUGUAUAUACCUCGUCCUUCCUGGGGAAACCAUCGUAAGGUCUUCCAGUCUGCCGGUCUCAAAGUUUCCGAAUAUAAAUAUUUUGACCCCGUUUCCUGUGAUGUAGACGCGAAAGGUCUCCUCGAUGACUUGACAAACAUACCUUCCCAAUCUAUCAUAGUAUUACAUGCUUGUGCUCAUAAUCCAACAGGAGCAGAUCCCUCAAAGCAACUAUGGAAACAAAUAUUGCAAGUCGUCAUACAGAAGCAGCAUUUGGUGUUCUUUGACUCGGCCUAUCAGGGCUUCGCUUCUGGGGACUUGGAAAAGGAUGCUUUUGCUGUGCGUAUGUUUGAACAAAGUGGAAUAGAAAUGUUGAUUGCCCAAAGCUUUGCGAAGAAUAUGGGUUUGUAUGGAGAGAGAGUUGGUGCAUUGUCUUUUGUUUGCAAGGAUUCUUCCGUAGUUGCUUCCGUUCAGAGUCAACUGGAAACCAUAAUUCGUUCCAUGUAUUCAAGUCCUCCUGCAAAUGGUGCUAGAAUAGCUUCCAGAAUUCUGAACAAUCCUGUUCUUUUUGAAGAAUGGAAACAAGAACUAUUAGAAAUGUCAGGCCGUAUCCAAGAAAUGAGAAAGUUGUUAUUUGAAGCAUUGGUUUCUCGAAAGACUCCGGGUGAUUGGUCACAUAUCACAAAACAAAUAGGAAUGUUUUCAUUUACGGGACUAAAUGUAGAACAGGUUCGAUAUUUGAGAGAAAAAUAUCAUAUCUAUAUGACCGAAGAUGGAAGAGCUAGUAUGGCUGGUUUAAGUAGAGAGACUGUUCCUUUAUUUGCAGAUGGCAUACAUGAUGCAGUGCUUCAAUUCUCAUUACGGUAAAUAAAGUUGCAUUGUUUCAAUAGCCUUUCUUACAAUAUUUUCU